CUAUAACCCAACGUAGAGGGACACCUGACACUUAUUACUGCUGCUGGUGCGAGGCCCAGUAGUAGUGUACUAGGGAAACGUUGACUCCAUUCAUUUGUGAAAGAGUUGAACGUAAGUCAAAGUGUUUCAAAGUAUCUCCUUGUACACGUCCCACACCUGCCCUGCUAAGCCACGCCCCUCGCCUGCAAUAAAACCCCCCCGUGACAGGAAGACCUGUCAAUUCCUCCCAAAUCCACAGCGAGCACAACUUGUUGGCAGUAGUUGCACAGCGCGGGGAAGCGGAGGAGCCUCAACCAGCAAAGCAUUGCGACACUCGCGUAAAGUGGACCACAACCGACGUGGGCGCCUCACCAGCCCUCCAUGCUCCUGCUAUCCGGAGGGUGUUAAGAUCCAUGGAAGUGGCGGGUUUCUACGACGAGGGCGGCUUUGCUAUUCACACUAGAGACAGCAUUGGAAAUCCUAUCGGCGGCGGCGGCGGCGGGGGAGCCUCGUACUGGAAGCUCGGCGACUCGAUGACGGAGUUGGGCAUCGAGGAGCGGGAGAGAACGAUCGACUUUAGCGUGUACCUGGAUCCGGCCGUGCACUGCCCGCAGCUGGCGGGGCACACGCACCCUCAGCAGGGGGACGUCUUCUCCGACUUCUUAGCCGAGAACAAGCUCAAGAGAGUAGCCAACUUUAGGAACUACACGCUGCUCAACGAGCUGGAGGCGGCUCAGCGAGACAGCCCGCGGGACCCCAGGGGGCCGCCGUACGGGCUGGGGUACACCGACCUGCAGGACACGCGUGUGGAGAGCGUGCUCGCCUCGGAGCUGGUCCGCUACAGAGCCGCCGCCAACGUCCCCGACAGAGACGAACACCAGGACGUGAAGAUGGACAACGGCUCGUCCGGCUUCGACAUGCGGUCCUACCUCCAGUACCAGGCCACAAGUGGCAGCAUGGGCAACAUCUCCACGGCGUCCUCCACUUGCUCCAGCCCGCCCGGAACCCCGGCACCAGCGGGUCAUGGCAGGUCCCCUUCGCACGGUGCCAAGAUCUCCGGUAAGGCGAAGAAGCGUCUGGACAAGGACAGUGAAGAAUACCGGCUGAGGCGAGAGAGGAACAACCUCGCCGUGAGGAAGAGCCGAGAUAAAGCCAAAAUGCGCAACUUGGAGACGCAACACAAAGUGCUGGAACUGGCGGCGGAGAACGAUCGUUUACAGAAGCGAGUGGAGCAGCUUUCAAGAGAGCUGGCCACCCUGCGCAACCUGCUGUCGGCCACAGGCCAGUGUUAGAGGACCCAGCCUCCACGGACUCUCAUAUUUUUUUAAAAAAGGGGGCACACCAAAAAAACGGUACGCCAAGACAGACAUCGAUCACCAGUUUACAUAGACUUUGCAAUGAGACUGAAGAAGUGGCUUGCACGGAUUGCGCAAUCCCUUACUGCUCUUUUUGGACAUGUCACCUUAGCUUUAUUAUUCUCGUGUAAUUGUGUAUAUGCAGUAUUUGUGUGCUGGUUCGACAUACAUGCGAGUGAAUUUAUACAUUUUGCGUAACUGGAGCAGCCGCCGGUUGUCAAGGGAAGAGUUGUGCUGCAGUGAAAUGAUGCAACUCUUCGUAAUAGUAUUGGCAAUGGAUGAAAUAAGUCGAAUUAUUUAAUAUUGAUACGGUGAAAUGCUUUAAUUGUACUUGAUAUUUUAUGGAAUUAAAACAGUUUCUACUUUUGACUAAACAA